CGCUGCAUGCCAGCCGCCCGCUGCAAACACGCCCGCAACCCCGCGCUGCACGCCCUGCACGCCCUCUCUGCCUGCCCGGAUGCUGGGCACGCGCAUGGCCCGCUCUCGAGUCGCCAGCCAUGGCAGACACCAUCACCGUCAAGUCGCCGCCGCUCUUUCUCCCGCCCAGCGAUAAGAGCCCGGUUCGCGGGUCGAAGCCGGCGCACGCCCGCCAUCCGCAGGCCCCGCUGGGCAAGGAGCCUCUGAAAGCAGCAGCGGCCGAUCCCAACGGCGUGGUCAAGCGCAAGCAGACCAAGAGCCGCAACGGCUGCAUAACGUGCAAGGCGAAGCGGCUCAAGUGCGACGAGACGAAGCCGACCUGCCAGCAGUGCUCCCGCCGCAGCGUCGCGUGCGGCGGCUACAAGAAGGACUUCAAGUGGCGCCCCUUCGAAGACACGACCUUUGCGACAAAGACCACCGGCAAGCCCAAGAAGACCUCUCCGCCCCAGCAUGUCUCUGCACGGGACGCACCCUUCGCGUGCCAUGUCCCGCCCACCUACAACACCCAACCCACCAUCUUCUACGCUCCGACCCAAGCUCCGCCCGCACUCCGUCCCAUGUAUGGGCUGCCCAGUUUCCCGGAGCCUUCGCAGGCGCUCAUGACCGCCAUGUUUGCGGUCCCGCAGCACCAGCCGUACAUGAUAGCGCCGCCGGCCAUGUCGCCCGUGGAGAGCUUCCACCCGGGCUCCGAAAGCACAAACAGCGUGUUCGAGGCAGAAAGUGCUGACACGCGACCGAGUACGACGACCCUUGCGUCGAGUGUCUCGUCAGGCCAGUCGCCACGCUUGGUAGAUCUUCUGCUUCCCGGCACAGAUCUGAACGAUCUGCCGGAAGAGUACAUGUCCUUCCGUGAGCAGCACGGGGCCUUUUAUCAGCCUACCGGGCUCACGCCUCCGGACGAUGCCAUGGACAAAGACAUCGAGGAAAUACCGCGCGACUUCGACCAACACGACUGGACGCUGCGACUUCCCUCGCCUGCGCAGUCAGAUCCCUCAACGUCGUCGACAGACUCGCUGGACAUGACGCUCUUCGCCCGACCACGCCUCUCCAUGACGUCGCCCGAGAUGCUGACGCGGCGGUUUGACCAGGAGACGUGCGGCAUCCUAUCAGUCAAAGACGGGCCUACGGAAAAUCCAUGGCGCACCCUCAUAUGGCCGUUGGCGCACGACUCGCCCGCCUUGUACCACGCAAUGCUGUCCAUGACUUCGUUCCACCAAUCCAGGGACUCACCCGCGCUACGCAUCGAAGGGAUAGACCACAUGCGCACCGCCGUUCAUGCACUAGCAUCCGGCAUAGAAAACAUGCGUGUCGAUGCCGCCAUAUCCACCACCAUUGCGCUCGCUUUCUCUGAGUCGUGGGAUCAGCACAUAAGCACCGGCAUCAACCACAUCAAGGGCGCCAGGGUGCUCAUCGAUCGCGCCCUUGUGCAACACAGCCGCAACCCCGUGCGCGGCGACGAACUGACCCGCCUGAAGUUCCUCUGCAACCAAUGGGUCUACAUCGACGUCAUUGCCCGCCUGACCUCAGCCGAUCCCGACGAGUCGAGUGACUAUGACAGUGUGUUGGACAGUCUUCACAUGGGAGAGAGCGAUGCGUGCCAACUCGAUCCGCUCAUGGGCUGCGCACAGACGCUAUUUCCCAUUAUCGGCCGUGUAGCAAACCUGGUGAGGAAGGUGCGACAAAUGGACAACAACAGCCCCACCAUCAUCUCCCAGGCUAUGGAGUUGAAGCGACAUCUCGAGGACUGGAUGCCACCCUCGUACAUUGAGAACCCCGAGGACGAGACCACUAGUCCUCACGAUGCCAUCAAGACAGCCACGGCCUAUCAGUACGCAACCCUGUUGUAUCUGCACCAAGCCGUUCCCGAGAUACCCUCGCUCCCUUCUGCAGUCCUUGCCCAGAAGGUCGUACGGGAGCUUGCCACGGUUGAUCAUCGUUCACGGCAUUCAAUCGUGCACAUUUAUCCCUUGACGGCUGCAGGCUGCGAGCUGGUAGAUCCCGUCGACCGAGAGUGGAUAUGUGACCGCUGGGACAAGACAGCAGCCAGGAUGAAGAUUGGCAUCAUAGAACGUUGUUUGGAAGUCACCAAGGAGGUCUGGAGUCGCCGCGAUACAUAUGCAGCGGAAGCCGCCCUCGACCAAGACAUCAGUGGCAGCAUCUACUCUGCGACACCUUCACUGAAACGUCACUUCAGCCACUCGUCCGAUGAUUUCGAGACCGCGGGAGACUUUUGCUGGCUCGAGCCACCGGCGAAGGCCAGGGCAGUGGAAUCGGUCUCGUCAUUCGAUGCCGAAGGAGACUUCUGCUGGCUCGACCCUGCGCCUCGCGAAUCACCCCGUCGCGUGCCCGUGCAGUCGGCGAUGAGUGGCGGCAUGCGGCGAUCGGAGGUCAUGGGCACGGAGACUCUACCUUAUGACUUCACUGUCAAAGGACGCCUGCACUGGCUGGGCGUGAUGAAAGACUGGAAUUGGGAAGUUUUACUGGGAUGAGCACUUCAUCCAGACACUAUUGAGAAUGCUCAGAUCAACCUUACAUUCGUAUCGCGUUUCUGUUGAAGGCGUUCGUUCGCUGGUGCUUUGACUGACUCACCACUAUACCACGGCGUUGGUACCACCCGGUGUUCUCUGAGCGGGGUCGUUUUUCUUUGCUAAUUCUCCUUGGCGUUUUCCUCUUUCGCUUUCGCAGCGCUGUUUUUGCUACGCGUAUAUUCUGGAAAUCACGAUGGACAUAGGCUGGGACAAAGGCUGCAUGGAACACUGGUGUACCUUGUUUUGGACUGGAUAUCAGGUUGGGUUUUGGAUACUGGGGUUUGGGAUACGGAACACGGGAUAUGGGCUACUGGACUGGACCGGAGUAUACAGGCACGGCACUACAGUACGAUAUAGCGACUACCAUCUACACUGCGCUUUGAGCG